GUUACCAGCAGUUGAGCUUCGGCCAGAGCCAGAGCUGGUUCUAGAUAGAAUUUAAUUAAGUAAACUAUACGUGACUAAAGUUACUUCUCGUUUGAAAGUCCGAGACAAUAUUCAAUCGAAAAGUAUGAAUAAGCUCACUUGGCUGUGCUGCAUCUUUAUGCUGGAAGGACUUGGUGCACCCCUAGCAGCGGAGUUACCUGGAGAUAUUGAAAAGUGUCACUUUGGGGACUCCCCAUGCUUGGUGAAGACCAUCAAUGCCCUGAUCAAGCGCUAUCCCAAGGGCAUUCCAGAGAUUGGUCUGCCUCCGUUGGAUGAGUACAACUUUCCCGAUGCUCCAAUAGUUGAUACGCCCCAUCGCGGCCCCAUCUGGAUGACCUUUAACAUGCGGGACAAUGUGAACAAGGGCUUCAACAAUGCCACAAUCACGCAUGUGGAGGGUUUCCUGCGAGACCCCACCAAGCAACAGAUAAUCCUGAAGGCCCGCCUGCCACGACUCUUGCACGAGGCAACCUACGACAUGCAGGGCAGGUUUCUGCUGUUUGUGGCCAACACCACGGGCAAACUGCAGUCGGAUUUCCAGAACUUUCGGCUUACUCUGACCAUCAAAGUGAUACUGGAGUAUCGGAACAACAAGCGAUAUCUGAAGAUCUACGAUUUGGUGCCGGUCGUCGACAUUGAUCGCUGGAUUGUUUGGUUCGAUAACUUGUACAGGGAGAAUGAGGAUGUAACCAUUGCGCUGAAUCGCUCCUUCAACAAAAACUGGUUGGAGUUUUGGAAUGACCUGGAGCCGGGCCUGCUGAAAACGUUCUCCACUGUUUUUACUGUACUUCUGAACACGGUCUUUGAGCAGGUCGCCUACGACGAUAUGUUUCUGCCGGACAUUGAUAUACGAUUUGGAUAUAGUCACGAUUAACACUGAGAAAAGAAAAGCUUUCAUUGUCUUGAAUAUAUCACGAUUUAUUCAGAUUG